UCCUUUCUGGAUAUUUUCCACUCGAACACCUUCGGUAGUCUUAAACAAAGUCUAUGUCACAGGGACCGGAUCGAUUGCAUUAGAAGAACAGAAGAAUUCUUGUGUACAAUACCUUGAGUUUGGAAUUGAUUUAAUUUCUGAAGUACAGAGUUAGAUUUUAAUUCAAAGCAGACGCGGUAUAAAACCAUAGUAUUUGUGUCGCCAAGAUCUCCACCCGCAGAUGGGCCACCGUAUUUGCAUUGCUUAUCUUUAUUGCAUACGAAACUAUGCUCUUGUAUAAAAGUACAGCUGCUGUGUACAGUUGCGUAUACUACCAUUGUACAGUGUUUGGUGGCACCAGAAGCAGUUCCCGUCUGUUCAAUGAAUCCCGAAACGAUCGGCCUAGUUGAGAGUGAUAUAGUGGAGUGUGUGAAGUGCUAUAUACAGGACAAAAGGAAUCGUGUCAAUGGAAAGUUUCGGCUCGUUUCGUACCAAGUGCAACGGCUGUGCGAGGAACCGGUCGGCUAUUUGGGUGAUCAUUAUCUGCUCGAUGUGAAUCUGCGCGAAAAAAUGGUUCACUACACACCGGAAGAGGAGGAAAAGUAUGCCGAGGAAGAGUAUAUAAGUUUUUUCGUAAAAGUUAUCCCCGAACAUGUGCCCAAGUUGGCGGACUACAUCAAGGAGAUGGGUUGCUUUCGGAAGGAAAUUUUGCUGUACAAGCACGUCAUUCCACGGCUGCAGGAUGUGAUGAUCGGUACGCGACCGUUCGUCCCAACCGCCUACUUUACCAAAGGCGAGCGAAUGAUAGUGUUCGAGAACUUAAAAUCGGAAGGCUAUAGCAUAGUGGAAAAUACGAAGAAUCUGCUCGAUUUCGACCACUUGAAGGUGGCACUGCAGGCCAUUGCAAAACUGCACGCCUCGUCGCUCAUCCUGGAGGAACGGUCGAAAACACCGAUACCGAAACUGUUCGCCGGAUAUCUGAACGAGAAUGCGUACGUGGACGAUGACGAUCAUGUGCGGAAGAUUAAUCUCGAAAAUGCCAUACAGGUGCUGUGCGAGAUGAUCAAGAAAAUUGAUAAGUACGCCCGCUCCGAUAAGCUGGACGAGAUAUUGGAAAAAGUCCCCGCUGUGGUACGCAAGAUUUACGACUUCGCUAAACCUUCGGCGGUCUUCCGCAACGUGUUAAAUCAUGGCGAUCUGUGGUGUAACAACGUAAUGUUCCGAUACGAGAUGAUACCGACGAGCGUAGACGGUGGCAUCAAUGAAGAAGGGCAUCCAGCCGAAGGACGCAAAGCAACGUCGGAUCGCGAGGAUCAGCAAGAGGCGGAGAAAAAUGCUACCGCGGACACUGCGAACAGCAGCAGCCAGCUAAUGAUGGGUACGAACGGUGAGCGCCGCGGUCGGAAGCGUUCCUCUAUCAAAAAGCCAAAUCCCUGCGAGGUGCUCAAUUUGGGCAAUUGGUCCGCACCGGGUGCUGCCCGUCCAUCGAGUUGCAUACUGAUCGACUUCCAAAUUGCUCGCUACGCUCCGCCUGCCUACGAUAUUUUAUCGUUCCUUACCUCGACGACGACACGCACAUUUCGGGAACGGCAUCUCGACGAGCUGCUGGACGGGUAUUACGAGGCACUGCAGGUUGAGCUGGACUGGUUUCAUCGGGACGUGCGGGAAAUCUUUUCGCACGGGUUUCCAUCCUAUCGGGAUUCGUGCGAUCAGUAUCAACUCGCUGGAUUGAUCGACAGUGUCCUGUAUCGGCAUGUUACGAUGCUACCGAUGGAGCUAGUGGCUCGAUGCCGCGAAGAACAUCGACUACCGGGCACUGUGGGCAGCCAGUCACGCUCCGCCAAGAUGGAUGUGUGUCUCGAAGCCUGGGCGCAGUACGAAGAUUAUCGAAAUUUCAUGACGGACAUGCUAUCGGAUUUAGUUGAUCGAUAUAUCCUUCAGGUUUGAGAGUAGUGCACUGCGGCUAGUUCUUCACCGUUUACGGCGACAUCGCGAGAGACGAUUAUUCCAUCCGUCGUUUCACUUCAAGCGGGAUGCAAUACGUACCAAAGAUAUUAAUUUUUAGUAUUUGUGUAUUUUAGCAAAC